UAUUUUUCUGGUCAUUAUAUAAGAGGCUCCAUAUGUUCUAAGACGUCACUGUCGGACGUUAUCUUUUUUAUAAAUAUAUAUAUUUUUAUAUCAAUAAUAUGUGAUUUAAUUAAAUAAUUAAUUGAAAGUUGCAGUACUAGUAAUUACUCGUAAUUACUUACAAAGUUUGUUAGUAAUUAAUUAGAUCUAAAUAAGUAAAUUUAAUUACAAGUUAGGAAAUUGUUUUAGAGGUUAAUUCAUAGGGAUCUUUUUUGAAUUUAAAUAAAGAUUAAUUGUUUGUAUAUAUUAUUAAAAUGGGAUCAAACUGGGAAGACUUUUAUGCGAAUCUUCCGGCACCUAGAGAUUUAGAUAAUAGCAUUGAGUUGUUGAAAAACUUUACUGAGCGACAAGGACCCAGUGCCAAGGGAAUUGUUUUGGUUACGAGUGGAGGAACCACAGUGCCAUUGGAGCAUAACACAGUUAGAUUUGUUGACAAUUUUAGUGCUGGUACCAGAGGUUCUGUAUCUGCGGAGUAUUUUUUAGAACGUGGAUAUGCUGUUAUAUUUAUGUUUAGGCUUAAAACUCUUGAACCGUAUUCAAGACAUUUUACUGGACAAAAAUUUUUAGACAUGCUGGAGACGAAUGAAAUUAAUGGAAAAGAUGUAGUAACAAUAUUGCCAGAACAUUCCGAGCGUAUUGCUGAGGUGCUAAAGAAAUAUAAACAAGCAUUGGAACAAGAAAAAUUAUUAGAAAUAACAUUUACAACUGUCGCUGAAUAUUUAUGGCUACUAAGGGCAGCUUGCCAGGCACUUGCUCCACUAGGACGUCGUGCUAUUUUGUAUUUAGCUGCCGCAGUAUCCGACUUUUAUAUUCCGCCCAAUGAAAUGUCAGUUCAUAAAAUUCCAUCAAGUGGACCGCCAAAUAUAUCACUGCAAUUAGUCCCUAAAAUAUUGAAGCCGCUGGUGAGCCUGUGGGUGCCCAGAGCUUUUGUGGUUUCAUUCAAACUGGAGACGGAUGAAAAUUUGUUGAUAUCCAAAGCUCGUGAUGCUUUGAAUAAAUACAACCACAAUUUGGUGAUAGCAAACAUGUUGCACACACGCAAAAAUAAAGUGGUGAUGGUCACCAAAGAAAAAAGUUAUGAAAUUACGCUUAGUGAUGAGCAAAUAGAAAAAGGGGAGGAAAUUGAAAAAUAUAUAAUAAAUGAUCUUCUUAUUAUUUACACCCGAUUUUUAGAAGCUCAUUAAAAAUAUAUGAAAUUUACACGGUGAAGGAUUUUAUUUUUAAUAUUUUGUAUUCAAAAAAUUAAGUCGGCAAAUAAUUAUUUACAUUUAAAUAUAUAUAUACGAAAAAUACAACGUAUGUAUAACGUUUAUUUGUUUGUGCGUAAUAUAUUUCCAAAUAUGUAUGAUGUCAGCAUAUAUAUAUAUAUAUAUAUGUAAAUAUGCUAUAU